GGGGAGAAGGAAGAUGGCGGCGGCGGCUCUGGGGAAGAAGGCCCUCGUCGUGUGUGGUGCAGGAGGAAGAUGGGUGUUGCAGUCCAUCUACUCACCUGUCAGAUUUUGUGGUACUGGAAUGAUCAUGGAUAACAUCAAUAAGCCAGUUCUUGACCGCAUAAUCAGAGUGGAUCAUGCAGGCGAAUAUGGAGCAAAUCGCAUUUACGCUGGGCAAAUGGCCGUGUUAGGUCGAACUUCAGUAGGACCAGUUAUUCAGCAAAUGUGGAAUCAGGAAAAGGAACAUUUGAAAAAAUUCAAGGAGUUAAUGGUCAUGUACAGAGUCCGGCCAACUGUUCUGUUGCCCUUUUGGAACAUUACAGGAUUUAUGUUAGGAGCGGGCACUGCCUUACUUGGAAAAGAAAGUGCAAUGGCUUGUACUGUAGCUGUAGAAGAGAGCAUAUCUGUGCAUUAUAACAAUCAGAUCAGGACACUCAUGGAAGAAGAUCCAGAAAAAUACAGAGAAUUGCUAGAGACAAUAAAGAAAUUCAGAGAUGAAGAAUUGGAGCAUCAUGAAACUGGACUUGACCAUGAUGCAGCACUGGCUCCAGCAUAUUCAAUUCUGAAAAAUGCAAUACAGAUAGGAUGUAAAGCUGCAAUAUAUUUAUCAGAAAGAAUAUAGUGAACAUUCUGGCAAUAAUAUAAUAACAAGUGUGAAGUGUGAAUUAAGGAAUUAUCAGUUCAUUUUAAUAAUAUAAAAUAAAAGUUAUAGUUGUACAGUAA